AUCUUGAGCCGUCGACAGUCAAAUGGUUUAGAAUUCAAAGAAAGACCGAGAGCUACGGUACACAUCGAAGGCCUGGGAGAUGGAAGAAGCUUGUGCUACCCGAAUUGGCAGUGCCUUAUACCACUUAAUUUGACCAACUCACCAAAAGAAAGCAAGAAGCCGAUGAAUGAACCAGAAAUUUCCAAAAGUUGUACACCCAGAAGAUUGACCGACCGGAUCAGAAAGCCUGUCACACGAAUGCAACUGAACCCACAACUUCAGUCGUACGAACAA